AUGAAACCGAGAAUUAAGAUCUUUUCCUCACAGGUAAGAGCAAUAAAUUAAAAAAUAAUAAUAAAAUUAGUCAACCUUAAGAGAAAACAGAAAAUCAAAUGUCUUAUUUUCCUAUUUAAUUUAGAUGUANGAUUAUUGAAUACAGUAAUGUAUUUACAAUCUUUAAAAAUUGUUCAUAGAGACAUAAAGCCAGAGAAUAUUAUCAUAUAAAAAGAUAAUUCUAUUAAAGUUAUAGAUUUUGGUUUUGCAGCAAAUCUAAAAUUUGGUACAGUUAGUAGUGUUUGUGGAACUCCUGGAUAUUAUGCUCCUGAAGUAUUGAGAUCAAAAGAAUCAAGUUAUAAUUCAGAUAUGUUUAGUGUUGGAGUUGUUUUAUUUAAUUUGUAUAGAAUUCUUAAUUUAUUCUUAGAAUAACCAAUCAACCUCUAUUAAAAUCUAAAAUGUAGAAUGUAUAACAAUUUGUACCUGAUUAAGAUGCAGCAGAUCUACUUAAAAAGAUGUUAGAAGUUGAUCCUACUAAAAGAAUUAAUGCUCAAUAAGCUCUAGAACACCCAUUUUUCAAAGAUAAAAUUAAAAAAACGAAUUAUGAUAAAUAAGAUAGUUAAUUUCCAUUAGAAAAUCACAUUUUACAAUAAUAAGAGUAGUUAAAUAUUUAAUCAUAUCUCCAUUAAAAAUGUAAUAUAAGUUUAGAUGCUAAGAUUAUCAAGUCUCUUAGAACUACAAAUCUUAUUGACUAAUGA